CCCGCCUCAAGUCUAUAAAAGCCGGUCAAUCUCCUUCAUUUCACUCAUUCCUUUCACGCCACUCUCGACGUUUUAUUCGAGGCCUGACAAAAUGCCAGCCUUCCCCAUCCCCAGACCCCCGGUUCAACCACUAGUUCCCUACCUAGACAUGGAAGACACCGGACUCCCCUUCGAGACAGCCCUCCGGCGCCUCCACUCCACCCUAACCGAAGCCCUCACCUUCUUCAAUCAGCUAAACCACAGUUUCAACCAAGACAUCAAGACCGUCAGCAACUAUACCAAGACUCCGGUCCUGGACCAGAUCUGGAAAGCAAAAGUUGCCGCUGCUAAGCAUGGACUUCCUCAGCAGUUGCCCGAGAGUACCUGGCAGAAACACAAAGCUAUGCUGAAGGCCAAGAUCAUGGGUAGCGAUGGCAGCGGUGACAACUAUGUCAAUUCAAGUGCCGUAACCACCGGCUUCCAUGACUACAUCAAACGCAUCGAGAAAGACCUCUUCGAGACAAUCCAUGCCCGCUGGCCGCGCGGAAUCAAGUCAGGUCUCGAACACGAAAUGACGUUCAACAUUGCGCUUAUCUGUCUGAGCUAUACGUAUCACCGUAUGGCCGAGUUUGCGAGCUAUCUGCAGCGGUUCGACAAGGAGAUCCAGCAUAUUCAUUCUGUGUUCCGGGGUUUUGUGAGGGAUGCAGAAUUGUUGCAGAUUUCGUUGGAGCAAAACUGGGAGUUCUGGCAGCAUUGA